AUGUGUAGCCACAUCUGCAGCGUCGUCCCCCCUUACCUUCUCCAAAGCAUUGCAGAGGCAUCGCACAACCCUCAGCAUGUCCGUGAAGCCGCCCAGAAUACCUUGCUCGUCCAGAAAAAUCUACUGGACACUCGAAAGUCGCGCUCUCUCAGUCGUUCCAAUUACAACUUGGGACACGGAGAACAUCAGUCCAUUGUUCCCGAGCAACUUCUCGAGCACAUUGCCAACUCCAGUGCCGUCGACGACUUGACCCGCGCCAAUGCUCGGCGCGAUCUGCAGCAUAUCCGGGACACUAUAGCUCACUAUCAGCUGUCGCAGCAGGACUUUAUCGACCAGCAGACUUCCAAUCAAGGGUUUCUGGGCAUCGGCCGGGCUAGGCAGCAGAAAGCUACCGGUACGUUUCAUAGAAACGUCUAUGAUGCUGGAAAUGGAACAAAGCUGCCUGGAACCCAAGUGCGUGCCGAAGGGGAGCAGCCCGUGGAUGACGAGGCCGUCAAUGAGGCCUUUGAUAAUGUCGGCACGGUCCUUGCCAUGUACAGGGACAAGUUCAACUGGAUGUCGAUCGACAACCACAACAUGGUGGUCAACUCGUCGGUCCACUAUGGCAAUCACUACCAGAACGCCGGCUGGUUUCCCCAGCAGCAACAGAUGGUCUUUGGCGACGGCGGGGAGUUGUUGUGGAACUUUACCAAGGCGGUGGACGUCAUUGGCCACGAGAUCACGCACGCAGUGACUGAGAAGACUAGCCCCCUGGCCUACCUUGGGCAGAGCGGUGCUCUCAACGAGCACGUCUCUGAUGUUUUUGGAAUCAUGGCCAAGCAACUUUCCGAGGGCGUGACGGCGGAGCAGGCCGAUUGGUUGAUCGGUGAAGAAUGCUUGAUGCCUGGGACGAAAGGGGUUGCUCUUCGUAGUAUGAAGAAUCCGGGUACCGCUUACGAUGACCCACGUUUGGGCAAAGAUCCCCAGCCGGAUAACUUCCAGCAAUACAAAGAGCUCGAUGAGAAUACUGAUCAUGGUGGAGUGCACAUAUACUCUGGUAUUCCCAACCGGGCUUUCUACCUUGUGGCCACAAAGUUUGGUGGCAAUUCCUACGAGAAAGCCGGGCAGAUUUGGUGGAACACGAUGAGAUCAGGUCGCAUUCCGCCGCUGUGUAAAUUCCUGCAGUUUGCGGAUGUCACUGUUGAGGUAGCUGAGGAACUUUUCGGAUCAGCUGACAGUCAGAUCGUUCGUGACGCAUGGAACAAGGUUGGCGUUGUCAGGCAGAUCUGA